CGCUCGCUCGCUUUCUCUCUCUCUCGCAGUCACUGUGCACGCAUGCACGCACGCAGUCGUCCACUAGUCGAAUCCAUGCAGCCUCCUUUACUCGACUGACGACGGCCACCGGAGCGGAGCACCAGAGCUCCUCUGCGGCUCUUUUGGCCACAAACGCCCGCAACAGUCGCCUGGCAGAAGUGUCAUCGAGUGAGUAAGGUGGAGGGGGGAAAGGACCGGAUGGAAGACGGCUAGUGCAAGGUGUCCCAACCGUGGAGCGUUUUAUUCCUUUCUUCAUUGUUCAAGUGUUUUCGUUCUGGAAGGUUGUUCCCCCCUGCGGGACGAAAGCUGUCACCGGCGGCUGCAGGCAGGCCGUCGUCGUCGUCGUCUUCCAUGGCGAACUUGUCAGAUUUGGACUCAAACUGCCAAUUGGGAUGUUAAAUGCCUCCGCGCAGCUGCGGCUAUUUUGCUUUUUUCACGUGACGCGAAACAAUUGACGGGAUCUCCAGCAAGAGAGUCAAUUGGGGGAGGUUGUUUGUUCUCGUGGUUCCCCGGGCGAUAUGGCUGGUGAGUGGGGCUGGGGACGCCGGCCAAGGCUCUCCAAGGCUCCCCCAUGCUAGCCGAGGCGGAUGGCACGGUCCCCCAUGGCAGCGCCAGCUCUAUGAGGACAAGCGAUAGCGACCCUCCGCCGCCCAAAGCCGCCGCCGCCGCCGCCGACUCCUCGAUCCUCAUCUUCAAGAUGCAAGACGUCGUCAUUCCCUUCUCGUCCGAGGUGCCCUGUGACAAUAAUGGGCAGCGCAUGUGGUGGGCGUUCCUCGCCUCCUCCAUGGUGACCUUCUUCGGGGGGCUCUUCAUCAUCCUGCUGUGGAGGACCCUCAAGUACAUGUGGACCGUGUGCUGCCACUGCAACGUUAAAAGCAAGGAGGCUCAGAAAGUGAACAACCCCGCCAACACUCAGGCAGCAGACAGGGCGCUAAAGGGUCCUGAUGAGAAGACGGAAGAGGUCCCGGCCAGUGAGGUGGGAUGGAUGACUUCGGUCAAAGACUGGGCCGGCGUUAUGAUCUCUGCCCAGACUCUCACCGGCAGAGUUCUGGUGGUGUUAGUAUUUGCACUCAGCAUCGGGGCCCUUGGAAUAUACUUUAUAGACUCCUCAGACCCUAUAGAAUCAUGCCAGAACUUCUACAAAGACUUCACGUUACAGAUCGACAUGGCCUUCAAUGUCUUCUUCCUCCUUUAUUUCGGUCUGCGGUUUAUAGCAGCCAACGACAAACUGUGGUUCUGGCUGGAGGUCAACUCGGUGGUGGACUUCUUCACUGUCCCUCCCGUCUUCGUGUCCGUUUACCUGAACAGAAGCUGGCUCGGUUUAAGAUUCCUGAGAGCGCUAAGAUUGAUACAGUUCUCGGAAAUCUUACAGUUUUUGAACAUCUUGAAAACAAGCAAUUCCAUAAAGCUGGUGAACCUGUGUUCCAUCUUCAUAAGCACAUGGCUCACCGCUGCAGGAUUCAUACAUUUGGUGGAAAACUCAGGGGAUCCUUGGGAAAACUUCACAAACUUCCAGUCACUCUCUUAUUGGGAAUGUGUCUACUUACUGAUGGUGACCAUGUCCACAGUGGGAUACGGGGAUGUCUAUGCAAAAACCACUUUGGGGCGCCUGUUCAUGGUCUUCUUCAUCCUCGGUGGUUUGGCCAUGUUUGCUCGCUACGUGCCAGAAAUUGCUGCUCUCAUCCUUAAUCGGAAGAAAUACGGAGGGACUUAUAACUCGACACGAGGCCGAAAGCAUAUUGUGGUCUGUGGUCAUAUUACCCUCGAAAGUGUCUCCAACUUCCUCAAAGACUUCCUACACAAGGACAGGGAUGAUGUCAAUGUAGAAAUUGUUUUUCUCCAUAAUAUUUCCCCUAAUCUUGAGCUGGAAGCCUUGUUCAAACGCCAUUUUACACAAGUAGAGUUCUACCAGGGAUCUGUGCUCAAUCCUCACGACCUGGCUCGAGUCAAGAUUGAGUCAGCAGAUGCCUGUCUCAUCUUGGCCAAUAAAUACUGCGCUGAUCCUGAUGCUGAAGACGCCUCCAACAUCAUGAGGGUCAUCUCCAUCAAGAACUACCAUCCUAAAAUCAGAAUAAUAACACAGAUGCUUCAGUAUCACAAUAAGGCCCAUCUGCUGAACAUUCCGAGCUGGAAUUGGAAGGAGGGCGACGAUGCCAUCUGCCUGGCCGAGCUGAAAGCGGGCUUCAUCGCCCAGAGCUGCCUGGCCCAAGGCCUGUCCACCAUGCUGGCCAACCUCUUCUCCAUGAGGUCCUUCAUUGAGAUCGAGGAGGACACCUGGCAGAAAUAUUAUCUGGAGGGCGUGGCUAACGAGAUGUACACAGAGUAUUUGUCCAGUGCUUUUGUGGGCCUAACCUUCCCCACCGUGUGCGAACUGUGUUACGUGAAGCUGAAGCUGUUGCUCAUUGCCAUCGAGUACAAGUCCGAGCAGAGAGAGAGCAGAAGCCGAAAGCGUAUCCUCAUCAAUCCGGGCAACCAUGUCAAGAUGCAGGAAGGAACGCUGGGCUUUUUUAUCGCCAGCGAUGCAAAGGAAGUCAAGAGAGCUUUUUUCUACUGUAAAGCUUGUCACGAUGACAUCACCGACCCCAAGCGGAUCAAAAAGUGCGGCUGCAAACGACUGAUUUAUUCCAAGAUGUCCGUCUACAAGCGAAUGAAACUGGCAUGUUGUUUUGAUUGCGGCCGUUCAGAGCGAGACUGCUCUUGCAUGUCAGGCAGUGUACAUAGUAACAUGGACACCCUUCAGAGGGCCUACCCACUUUCCUCUGUGUCUGUUCAUGAUUGCGCAACCACGUUACGUGCCUCCAAAUAUAAGUAUAACGGAUAUGUCAGAUCACCAGAUGGCGCUACAACACCAGGGAACAGUGGAAGCCAAAAAGAGACUGGUGUUCGAUUCAAAGCUGAUUGCAAUUUAGUAACGGAUGACGUUAGACCGUCUUUUCAAAAACGAUCCGUUAAAACCAGCGGCUGCCCUUCCACCGCCAUCACCUCAAACACUUUCUCGCCCAACGCCCUGCAAAGCAACCAGAACGCCUCGGUUAAGCCAGGCGCCAUCAACAUCCCCCUUGUUAAUAACCGUAAAGGAAGUCUGCUUCCCACGCCUGCGGCUCGCCAUACCAAACUGCGCCUCAGUAUCUCGGUGCCAGAAGACGCCAGAUCCUUGGCGGAGAGUCGGCUGAACCGGGCCCGCAGUCUGCCGGUGAAAUACCGCUACCACCCCAGUAAUGCCAUGCUGCACAGUCACAGUAGCCACUUCGAAGACGAGCAUCCGUCAACGCUGUCGCCCAAAAAAAAGCAGCGCAACGGAGGGAUGCGGAACUCGCCCAACUGCUCUCCCAAAAUGAUGAGUAGACACGACCCUCUUCUAAUACCUGGUAAUGAACAAAUGGAAAACAUGGACAUGAAUGUGAAGCGGUAUGACUCCACCGGGAUGUUUCACUGGUGCCCAUCAAAAGACAUCGAAAAAGUCAUCCUGACUCGAAGCGAAGCCUCCAUGACGGUACUGAGUGGCCAUGUGGUGGUCUGUAUAUUUGGAGAUGUCACGUCCGCUUUAGUGGGGCUGCGAAACUUGGUGAUGCCUUUAAGAGCCAGCAACUUUCAUUAUCAUGAACUCAAGCCCAUCGUUUUUGUGGGCUCGCUGGACUAUCUGCGGCGAGAGUGGGAGACGUUACACAACUUCCCCAAGGUCUCCAUCUUGCCUGGUACGCCAUUAAGUCGAGCCGAUUUAAGGGCUGUCAACAUCAACCUCUGCGACAUGUGCGUAAUACUGUCAGCCAAUCAGAACAAUAUCGAGGAUGCCUCGCUGCAAGAUAAAGAAUGCAUCUUGGCGUCACUCAACAUCAAGUCUAUGCAGUUUGAUGACAGCAUUGGGGUCUUGCAGGCUAAUUCCCAAGGUUUCACGCCUCCUGGAAUGGACAGGUCAUCUCCAGACAGCAGUCCAGUACAUGGCUUUGUGCGUCAGGCUUCCGUCACCACCGGCUCCAACAUCCCCAUCAUCACAGAAUUAGAUAAGCCGGGCAAACCGCUGCCAUCGCUUUCACUCAGUCAGGAAAAAAAAAGUGGGACCAACAUACAAAUGAUAACAGAGCUGGUCAACGACUCAAACGUUCAGUUUCUGGACCAAGACGACGACGACGACCCCGACACUGAGCUGUACCUCACUCAGCCCUUUGCUUGCGGCACCGCCUUCGCCAUCAGCGUCCUCGACUCCCUGAUGAGCGCUACUUAUUUCAAUGACAACAUCCUCACACUGAUCAGGACUCUGGUCACCGGAGGAGCCACGCCAGAGCUGGAGGCCCUCCUCGCCGAGGAGAACGCUCUGCGUGGAGGCUACAGCACGCCGCAGACACUGGCCAACAGAGACAGGUGUCGCGUCGCCCAGCUCGCCCUCUACGACGGGCCCUUCGCUGACUUGGGGGACGGUGGCUGCUAUGGGGAUUUGUUCUGCAAAGCACUGAAAACGUACAACAUGCUGUGUUUUGGAAUCUACAGAUUGAGAGACGCUCAUCUAAGUAUACCAAGCCAGUGUACAAAACGAUAUGUGAUCACCAACCCACCGUACGAGUUUGAGCUGGUGCCCACAGACUUGAUCUUCUGCCUCAUGCAGUUCGACCACAACGCGGGCCAGUCCCGAACCAGCUUGUCCCACUCGUCCCACUCCUCUCAUUCCUCCAGCAAGAAGAGCUCGUCCGUUCACUCCGUCACAGCCUCCAACCGGCAGAACCGCAGCAGUAAAACCCGGGAAGCUCGCGACAAACAAAAUGCAACAAGGAUGAAUAGAAUGGGCCCAGAAAAGAAAUGGUUUACAGAUGAACCGGACAACGCCUACCCGCGGAACAUUCAGAUCAAGCCCAUGAGCACUCACAUGGCCAACCAAGUCAACCAGUACAAAUCCACAAGUAGUCUAAUUCCCCCCAUCCGAGAAGUCGAAGACGAAUGCUGAACCGCUUUUAACGUUUUGGCUCGCUCGCUCGCUCGCUCAGCAGACGUCUUGGAGUCAUGAUGACGAUGAUGACGAGGACAAUAAGAACUGGACAGGAAACCAAACUGGCCCUGCUAUGUGUAUACCUUUAAUGUUACUUCCAUGCUCUUUGGACUUUGUUUUAUUUAUUGAUGUAUCAAUAGAGAUGUACAUAAUGACAAUCAAAUAACGCAUUGUACAGCCCCCCACCUCCCCCCUAGCACUUUUUGGGAAUUAUUAUUUGAAGAUUCGACGAGAGCGAACAAGAGAGGGAGAGAAGGAGAAAAAGUACUUCCUAUAACGCUUUGCAAUAGUUGACUAAGGGUGACAGCUUACUGGAGGACGAGGCUCGCGUCAUUGCCCCAAAGAUCCCGCCGGAUGCGACUCUUCCAGCCAGCCGGGCUCACGGUUCUCCAUCUUGUGUACUUCUGUUCUAUUUGCACAAAAAAAAAGAAAGAAAAGAAGAAAUGAUAACACAGUGACGUUAACGAGGAACUGUGACUAUGAAGGGGGCUAUCAUGCAAAUCAUUUCAUCCGGAGGGUCGUCUGAAUGAAGAAACAGCCAAGUAGCCUCGGAAGGUCGAUGCGAAAGACGUUGCAUCCCGACCACGUUUGAGCAACAAAAGCAGCAGCAGCAGCAGCAGCAGCAGCAGCAGCAGCAGCUUUCGGGAUCACAAAAAAUACAUUUAAAAAAGGAAUUGCCACGUAUCGCGUAAAAGUGGGCGCCAACCGGGUCCUCCUCUGACCUACUAGAGACUGCCUGGCACGGGGUUGGCACGGCGGCGCUCGGAUGUUCUCCGUCGCCAAUCCCAGAUGUCGACCGCCUCGAUGAAAUAAAAAAAACACUCUCAGGAGUGUAGCUGCUUUGCGCUGUGCUGCUCAAGGAAAAGCUCAAACCUGGUUGGGCGGAGAUGCAACGGCUAGUGGUUUUUCCAUUUCCCAAAACAGACGGACGGCCUUCACAAUAGAGGCAAAAAAACAGACGAGUACAUAGCGUUGGUUUCUGCCCCGCCCGACAUCUAUGCUUUUAUCAAAAGAGUAUUUUUUUAACUGGCUAACGACGCCAUCUUCAGCCUGGCAGCUCGCCUCUGCACAAGCUGAAACGGAAGCUUACCCGGCCGGACGAAUAAGCUCAACAAAGCACCCUUAGCUACAAACAUGCGGACGGAACGAAUGGUUUAAGAGUAACAGAUCUAAAUAUAUAUCUACAAGACUAAUAACAAUAAUAGAUGAUAGCGUCGCUUCCUCCGACUGAACGACCUUAUGUGUUUGACCUAAAUUAGGUCCCAAGACGAAAGAAAGUGCACACUAUUGCAAAGUGUGACCACGUCGGUUGUUUUUUGUGUGUGUGCCUGUGUAUGUUUAUUUUUUGUGUUCAUUUCUUUGGUUGAUUUGACAAAAUACAAUUUAAAAGAAAGAGAGAAAUUGUUGCCGCGUCUCUCGUCUAUAGGCUGUAAACGAAGUCAUACGUGGAAAAGAACAUGAUAUUGUGCUGUCGGUGUUUGUGUAAAUUCAAGCCCAUCUACUUCUACGGUAUAGACGCUCGUUUCUUUUAUCGGAGCUAAAAAGCACGCCAGGAAAAGCUUUAAUGUCCGUCCGUCUAUUGGCUGUGGUGCAACUAUACUGAAGCCUCAUGCACAUUGUCCUGAAGUGAACUUUGAACUGUGAUCACAUCGUCGUCACACUUGUAGCAAAUAGAUUUCACAGAGAACAAAAAAAAAAAAAGAAGAGAAUAUUCCGAAAUUGGAUUCCUAUUUGAUCAUAGCAGCAACAUGGAAGGAAUCAAGAUUGAAAGAUGGCAAGCUAGCACCAAUGUGGUUAUCUGAGAGAACAUCCUUAAUUUUCCUGCCUUUUAUGACCCCCGUCUUCACACAGCGUUAACAUUCCAUUUUGGGCGUCUUUUUGUUUACAGA